UUAAAAACUAUUAUCUGGUAGCGCCGCAAUACGAUCGCUGUGAAAGAGAAAUACGAAGCAGAAGCACAAUUCCGCUAAAGAAUGACGUUUGCCGGCAAAGUAGUUAUUGUCACCGGUGCCAGUUCUGGAAUUGGUGCCGCCACCGCAGAGCUCUUUGCCAAACGAGACGCUAAAGUAGUGCUGGUAGGACGAGAUGAGACAAAUCUAAAAGCAACCGAAGCCGCAUGUAAAUCAGCGAACAGCAGCGCUGAAUUGCUAAUCAUCAAGGCCGAUAUAACGCUGGAGGCGGAGAGCAUUAUCAAUAGAACUAUUGAAAAAUUUGGCCAAUUAGAUGUGUUAGUAAAUAAUGCCGGUAUUUUGGCUUCUGGAAAUAUACUCGACAUCGAUGUUGACCAAUUCGAUACGAUUUUAAAUACAAACUUACGUGCUGUAUUUGUGCUAACAAAACUGGCGGCACCGCAUUUGGUGACAAGCCAAGGCAAUAUUGUGAAUGUGUCCAGCUUGGCUGGUACACGUUCGUUUGCAAACAGCUCAUCCUAUUGUGUGUCGAAAGCAGGUCUCGACCAAUUUACGAAGUGUAUAGCUUUGGAUUUGGCGUCGAAAAAUGUGCGCGUGAAUUCCGUGAAUCCCGGCUUGAUUGUGACCAAUAUUCAUCGGCGUGGUGGGAUGUCGGAUGAAGCGUAUGCCAAGCAUCUGGAGCAUGGCAAGGAGACGCAUGCUUUGGGACGUGUGGGCAAUCCGAUGGAAGUGGCUGAAGCGAUUGCUUUCUUGGCCAGUGAGACAGCCAGCUUUAUUACGGGUGCAAUAUUGCCCAUUGAUGGCGGUAGGCAUGCUAUGUGUCCGCGUUAAGUCUUAUUCCCAUCGGAAUAGUACAACCUUGGUGUUGUAACACUAUGACAUAAAACAUUAACACAAAUAUUGAAUUUGCAUUUAGAGGUUACAAAAAUGAGUGAAUUUUGUUCUAUUUGAAAUCAUCGUAGCUUGCGAAGUCGACGAAGUGAUUUCAUACAUUGUUAUGUAUUUAUGAUUAUUCAAAUAAAGGUACGGUUUUGGAUAAACGCUUAAAAAAAAAUA